AAAAAUAUAUUCAAAUUAAAAGAAGCUAAAAAGGACUCUAUUAUUAGAAAAUAAGAAAUAUAUAUAGGAAAUUAUCAAUAUAUUUAUACUUGAAUAUUAUUUAAGUUUGAUUAUUUAAGUUAAUAUUUUUGAAUAAAAAUAAGAAUUCUUAAAAGAAAAAUUAAUAUUGAAGAUGGCUACAUCUGUUAAGGGUAGUAAAAUGAUUAAUUUGAUUAAUUAUCGUCUUCGAGUUAUAUUAGGUGAUUCAAGACAAUUGACUGGACAGAUGCUUGCAUUUGAUAAACAUAUGAAUAUGGUUUUAGCAGAUUGCGAAGAAUUUCGUUGUGUUAAGCGUAAAAUAACUAAAAUGGCAAAAGAGGAAACAGAAGUUGAAGAAAAACGAACUCUUGGUCUUAUAAUUGUUCGUGGGGAGUUUAUAGUUUCUUUAUCAGUUGAAGGACCUCCUCCUGCUGAUAUUUCAACUCGUCUUGGAACAUUACAACCAGGUCCUGGUGUUGGUUAUCCUGCAGGGAGAGGUCUUCCUGUAGGUAAUGCACCUUCUGCUGCGCCAGCGGGAUUAACAGGGCCUGUACGUGGUCUUGGAACUGGAAUGGCUGCUCCUCCUGUUUUUCGACCUCCUGGAUUUUCUACUACGGGAAUGCCUAUUCCUCCUCAGGGAUUCGCUCCACCUGGUUUCCCACCCGGACAACCUAUGCCUGGCUUUAGGCCUCCUGGUUAAUCAUAUUAUUCUGAUUUAUUCCUUUAUUUUCCAUCUUCAUUUAAAAACUUCUCGUCAUCGUUCGU